AUGCACUCCGACGCUCCACCGACAUUGCGGGAUAUCACGAGUGCUGCUGCUAUCCAGGAUUGGGCUGGCCUCUCGCCCAACGACUCUCACCCCGGUGAUCCUUCUACUAUCCAUCCAAUCUCUGAGAUCCCUGCGGCCGUUAUGAAUGAUCGAGCCAAAAAUCUCGACUUGCCGCAACACCACGGGGUCGUGGAACGCCUCUUGGCCUCAUUGAAGCAUAACGAAGAACUUUCGAACCUCUUGCAAGCCGAGAGAUCGUUGUCACAGACGCUACAGUCCUAUCUGCUCACUGAUAUGGAAAUCAUCAAUCGUUUGCAAGACAAGACCAAAGAGCUCGAAUCGCAAUGCAAGCGCAAGACAGAGCACAUCUGCGAUCUUGAACGCGUUAACAAAGACAACAUAAUCGACUACCAUUCUAUAAGCCAAGAGCGGGACGAAAUGGCCUGCUAUGUGGCAUUCCUCAAAGAAAGGCCACAAUACUUGCCUCUAUCGGAAAGAAGCAAGUCUGGCAAGGUUAAUGAAGAUUUCGAGUUGUACAUGUGGGAUGUGAAGGUUGAAAGGGAUCAGUAUAAAUCGAAGCUCGAAUAUCAAGCUACCCGAGUGGGAGAACUUGAGGAUAAAAUCAAGCAGCAAGAGGCAUACAAGAGCGACUUGACGGCAUCCGCAGACAGGUAUCUCAACCUCACCAAGAAACAGGAAGAAGAAGUUGGGACCCUGAAAGAUGAAGUUGCCUAUCUCGAAGACCAUCUCGACGCCCUUCUGAAGUACGCGCCCCCGUCCGUACAGCUUCAAGAGCAGCUGUGGAAAGUUGUCGAGCAUGCCCGAAGCACCUUUGGCCCCGAAUUUGAAACCAUCUCCACGCCCUGGGCGGCAGAGCAGCUCGAGAUCCUCCAAGCAGCUCCGGAUGUCUGCGAUUUCUGGACGCAAAGCAUCAUUGUGCACCUGGCGCAGCACUUGGAGGCUCAGUCGUCGAGAAAGGCGGAGGAGACGGAGGAGGAAAAGCGAGUGAGAUUGGCCGAGAAGGAACUUGCGAGGGAUUUAAUGUUCAGGUGUACGCUGAAAACUGGGCAGCAGGCGCCGCGAGUGGCUUAUGUGCAGGCCCCGAUGCCGUACUAUACUAGUACUAUUUGAUACUCCCUUGGGCGAGAUCUGGGUUAUAAAGGUUGCUACA